AUGUUGAAUUAUCGCAUACUCAACACUUUAAGACGGCCUGGUUUGAAAGCUGAUGAAGAUCAAAACUGCGGAUCUUAUUUAGUCUGCGAUCAGAGAGAUAAAAGCAAAACAAAAUAUGUUAUGAAAAUUAUCGAUUUAGAAGAUUUCACAAAUCUGAAUGAUUUCAUCAGAGAUAUCUUAUGGUAUAAACAAUUAAACCAUCAAAAUCUAAUGUCACUUCGGGAUUGUUUUCUCAUUGAUACAAAACUUCAUCUUGUGAAACCCUAUGCAUCGUUUGGUUCUUGUACCGAUCUGUUAUUUGCUCAUCCAUUCGGCGUACGCGAACAACUCAUUGCGCACAUUAUGUGGCAAUUAUUACAAGCACUACGCUAUUUACAAGACCGGCAUGUCAUGCAUCGAGGCGUUUCGUCGAAGAACAUCUAUCUUUGCGAUGACGGACGUGUAUUGUUAGAUAAUUUUUCGCAUUGUAUAUCCAUGAUAUCACCAUUCGAUGGCAGAUUACGGCGCCAGAUAUAUGAUUAUACAGAUGAUCUUAAAGAUGAGUUAUUAUACUUAGCACCAGAGAUAAUCUUUCAAAAUGCAGAAGGUUAUAAUUUCAAAAGUGACGUGUAUAGCUUAGGUAGUGUUGCAUGUGAACUUGCCAAUGGAAGUAAUGCUUAUCUUGAUAUGCCUUUUGGACAUUUGAGCAUGUUAUAUGCAAAAGUCCAAGGUUCAGAACCAAUUCUGCUUGACCAAACUCAAUUAACGGAUGAAAUGAUUGCUCUGAGUGAUGAAAAUUCCAGUGCAUAUGUAGAAGAGAUAAAAAAGCGGCGGUAUUCGAAAGAAUUCCAUUCAUUUGUUAAAAGCUGUGUUUCAACACGACUUGAAUCGAGAUGUACAGUUGAUGACUUAUUAACACAUCCCUUUGUCAAACAUCCCAGGAAAAUCAGCAAUGACCCUCAACUUGUAGCUGAGGAUAUGGCAAAACUUCUUGGUUCCUAUAAGGACAAGCAAAUCACUCAGAUGUCAACUACCAUAGAUCAAAUCUUAGAUCGUUCCAAUAAUGAAUAUAAUAGUAUUAAUUUAUCAUGGGAAUUUUGA